AUGGCUAAUAUUUUAUAAGUUUACGAAUAGUGCAUUAACAAUCCGGAGAUCUUAAGACAUGGAGACCAAUAUCUAUCCGAAUAUCUAAAGAAUACACCUAAUUUUAUACUAGACUCAUUAAAGUUAAUAUUUGAUAUCAAUCAACAAUAAAGAAAAUACAUCGCAAUUUUAUUCAAGAAUGUAAUCCUAUUGAAUUGGCAACAUUUGCAACAAUAAAUAAAAUCAGACAUCUUAAAGGUUUUGGUGGAUGGUCUUUAACAAGAGCAAUAAGUUCCAGUUUAAGAAAUCAUCACAAUAAUAAUUACAGAAGUGAUGAGAAGAGAUCCUGAAUAUCAAUCAUUGAUACCAUAAUUUUUACAUUUAUACGCUCUAAAUCCCCACAUUAUAAACACCUUAAUUCAUAUCUAUCAGUAAUUAGAUGGAUAGAAUUUAAUAUCGUAUUGCGAAAUAAUUCUCUAGAACAUGUUAUCAUAACAAGCACCUACAUCUAAAACAUAUAAUUUAGUUUAUUAGGUCAUUAAAAUGUUUUCUCAUUGCGAACAAACAGAUAUAGAAUAAUUAAAAUAAUGCUUUGAUUCAACAUUUAUUUAAUGGAUGGAACGAUUCUCAUAAGUUUUAUAACAAUAGGAUUAAUUAGAAUCUUAGAUUUACAUUAUGAAAGCUUUAAAUUUGAUAUUCAAAGAGAUGAAGUCUUAUUCUAAGCAAAUCAGAAAAGUCAUUCUACCAUAAAUGACACAAUUUUUGGAUAGAUUAACCAACUCCAUUCAAUAUUUAGAAGAAAUUAACUUUUUGGAUGAAUGCUAUGAAUAAGAACCAAAUUAGGAAGUGCUGUUAUUUUAUACUUUAUAAAUGUUAAUGGAAUUAAAUAAUUAAUAAUUAUGCAAUAGUACGAUUUACAACAGUUUAUUAUAAAUAUUAAGCAUGCCAAUUAAAAAUAUCAAUUUGGAUCAUUUUAUUAUGGAAGAUGAUCCCACAGUUGUAUAAGCUGUUUUAAUGUUCUUUGAACAGUAAUUAUCAAAUAAAAAAACAUCUUAAAAUGCAAAAUAAUUAUUAUUAUAAUAUCUAUAGUAAUAGGUUGAAAUGGUUGGUUAAUAUGUGAUCAUUGCAUAGUUUUCAUCAGAUUUAUUUAAUCCAAAUCAAAAUUUUGUAAUAAUUGAUCAAAUAUUGAAAUAACAAAGCAAUAAUUAAAACUAAGUCUUUCAACUUUAAAAAUUAAUUGCUUUAACUAACUUAUAUCUAUUAACAUAAGGAUAAGUUGAAGUAUUUACAUAACUAUUUUAAUUGCAUGUUCAAUAGUUAAAGUCAUAGCUUGGUUUAGUGAAUUUAUUUAAUCUUGGAAAAUUAUGUGCCCAUGCAAGCAAAAACACUACUUUGGAUGAACAAAGUUUUAAAUACCUAGUUGAUUCAUCCAACAUUCAAUUCCCUUCAAUUGACUAAGAUACAGCACAUAUUUUAUUUGAUAGUGUCUUAUAGAUGUUAAAAUUAUGUAAGACCUUAUAAUUUCCAAUUCUAUAAAAUAUCUAUCAUUAUUGGACCACCUAUCCACAUGAUUCAUUGUUGGGAUAGAUAUUUUAUGAACUUUUGGAAAUUCUUGUCACAAUUGAUCCAGUUUCAGUUUAAUAAACAUUCUCAGCCACCAAUGGAUUGAUAUGGUUAAAAGUUAAUACAAUAAUUGCAAAACAUUAACCACAAUUAUUAAUUAAUUUUAUCCCUUAGAUUGCUCAAUAAUUAUUAGUAUUUAAUGAAUUUACUCCUUAAGGAAUUAUGCUUUUAAAGACACUCUUAUAGUAUAAUUCAAUUGAUUAACUAACUUUAAAUACAGUUAUUUAAAUUUUAGAUAUUCAAUUAAAUAUUCAAAAAGAACCAGAAUUAGAGGCUCUCACAGAACACGUACAUGAUUUAUUGUUUGUUGUCUGGAAUAAACAUAUGAAUAGAUAAAUUACAAUCUAAUUGCUUAGCAAAAUUCUCUAAAAAAUUAUGCACUCUGAAAUACCCUCUACUAUUAAUGGUUUAACAACUAUUUUAUGCGCAAUUUAUUUAUAACAUUCGAAUCAGCUUUUAUAAUGGUUUUAAUCCAACAGUGAAAGCAUACAAUAAUUAUUCAGUAAAUGGCUGAGAUUUGCUUCAAUUUUAUAAUAGAAAUCCUUACUAUAAUUAUAAAUUAAUGUUAUUUAUUAAUUCACUUUAUUACCAUUUUUUGAUUAGUUGUUUUAUGUGGAUCCUUUUAUUGAUAAGGUUAUUCCACUCAAGGCAAAAAUGACUGAAUUUCUGAUUUCAAAUCAAUAAUAAUGUAAAACUAUAGCUUUAGAUGAAGAUGAUGAGUUUUAAGAUAUAGAUUCUAUCGAAACAGAGUUUGAAAAUGAUAUUACUGAGUGCCAUAAUCUCAUUUAACCCAUAUCAAUUUCAUUUGAACAUUUAUAACACUUAUCCAAGCAUUUGUCUAAGGAACAAUAACAAUUUUUAAGGAAAUAAUGA